AGGCUCAUUCACUUCCGGGUCGCGCGGCUGCUGCGGUCCCGGCGUGCUGCUGACUGUCGGGGACCCUGCGCCGCGAUGGAGGAGGCCUCUCCAUAUUCUUUACUUGACAUUUGCUUAAAUUUCCUGACUGCCAACCUUGAGAAGUUCUGUACAGAAAGACAAGAUGGAACGUUAUGCCUGCAGGAGCCUGGAAUAUUUCCUCAAGAAGUGGCUGAUCGACUACUGCAGACUAUGGCAUUUAAUGGGCUGCUAAACGAUGGGACUGUUGGGAUUUUUCGAGGCAACCAGAUGCGCUUGAAACGAGCUUGUAUCCGCAAAGCAAAAAUCUCAGCGGUGGCUUUCCGGAAAGCAUUCUGCCAUCACAAGCUAGUAGAACUUGAUGCCACGGGGGUAAAUGCAGACAUUACAAUUACAGAUAUCAUCAGAGGACUUGGCAGCAAUAAAUGGAUCCAGCAAAACCUUCAAUGCCUUGUCUUGAACUCAUUAACUCUGUCCUUGGAAGACCCAUAUGAAAGGUGCUUCAGUCAGUUGUCUGGGCUUCGUGCUUUGAGCAUUACCAAUGUUCUCUUCUACAAUGAAGACUUAGCAGAUGUUGCUUCACUCCCAAGGUUAGAAAGUCUAGAUAUAUCCAAUACCUCUGUCACGGACAUAACUGCACUCCUCACCUGCAAAGAUCGACUGAAAUCUUUGACUAUGCACCAUCUGAAAUGCUUGAAAAUGACAACUACGCAAAUUUUGGAUGUCAUAAGAGAACUGAAGUAUCUGAAUCACCUUGAUAUUUCAGAUGAUAAACAGUUCACAUCAGAUAUAGCACUCCGUUUACUAGAACAAAAAGAUAUCUUGCCUAACCUUGUGUCUUUGGACAUUUCUGGAAGAAAGCAUGUUACGGACAAAGCCGUAGAAGCAUUUAUUCAACAGCGGCCAACAAUGCAGUUUGUGGGAUUGCUAGCCACUGAUGCUGGCUACUCUGAAUUUCUUACAGGAGAAGGACACUUAAAGGUGUCUGGGGAAGCAAACGAAACUCAGAUUUCAGAAGCGCUGAAGCGGUACAGCGAGCGGGCGUUCUUUGUGAGGGAAGCGCUUUUCCAUCUAUUCAGUCUGACGCAUGUGAUGGAAAAAACAAAGCCUGAAAUUUUAAAGCUUGUAGUCAUUGGAAUGAGAAAUCACCCUCUGAACUUGCCAGUACAGUUAGCAGCAAGCGCAUGUGUGUUUAACUUAACAAAGCAAGAUUUAGCAGCAGGCAUGCCUGUCCGAUUACUGGCUGACGUCACUCAUUUACUCCUCAAGGCCAUGGAGCACUUUCCCAACCACCAGCAGUUGCAAAAGAAUUGCCUUCUUUCACUGUGCAGUGACAGGAUCCUUCAAGAUGUUCCAUUUAACAGGUUUGAAGCAGCAAAGCUUGUCAUGCAAUGGCUGUGUAACCAUGAAGAUCAGAAUAUGCAGAGGAUGGCAGUGGCUAUAAUCUCCAUUCUAGCUGCAAAGCUUUCAACUGAGCAAACAGCUCAACUUGGUGCAGAACUUUUUAUUGUUAGGCAACUUUUACAAAUAGUAAAGCAGAAAACAAAUCAGAACCUUGUGGAUACCACACUCAAAUUUACACUGAGCGCACUUUGGAAUCUCACUGAUGAAUCUCCAACCACAUGUCGACACUUUAUUGAAAAUCAAGGGCUAGAACUCUUCAUGAGAGUCCUGGAGUCUUUUCCAUCAGAGUCCUCUAUCCAACAGAAAGUUCUUGGCCUUCUGAACAACAUAGCAGAAGUGAAGGAGCUCCAUUCUGAACUAAUGUGGAAGGACUUCAUAGAUCACAUCAGCAAACUAUUGCACAGUGUGGAGGUGGAAGUCAGUUAUUUUGCAGCUGGGAUUAUUGCUCACUUGAUAUCUAGAGGAGAGCAGGCUUGGACAUUGAGUCGCAGCCAAAGGACAUCUCUUCUUGAGCAGCUGCAUUCAGCUAUUUUGAACUGGCCAACCCCAGAAUGUGAGAUGGUGGCAUACAGGUCCUUCAAUCCUUUUUUCCCUCUGCUUGGCUGUUUCAUGACACCGGGGGUUCAGUUAUGGGCAGUAUGGGCCAUGCAGCACGUUUGCAGCAAGAACCCUGCCAGGUACUGCAGCAUGUUAAUUGAAGAAGGAGGAUUGCAGCACUUGUACAACAUCAAGGAAAACAUUCAGACUGAUCCAGAUGUCCAGCGAAUUGCCAUUGCCAUUUUAGAUAGUUUAGAAAAACAUAUUAUGCGUCAUGGAAGGCCACCCCCAUGUAGAAAGCAGCAGCAAGCCAAACCAAACUGAAGGCUGCUGGUGUUGGUGUGUAAACUAUCCUCUCUGUAAUAAUCCUUUGACGUGUGUGUAGUUGGAGUAACUUGUACUAUAGUGGUCACCAUUAAAGUUGUUUGCCAGCAGUUGUGGUACUCAAUACCACAUGUGGUAACCAUUGGUGAAUGUCAACUUUAAUGGCAACUGCAGUAUGCAACAUGUAAGAGGACCUAGGAUCACUGCUUGAGCUGGUCAUGCCUAUAGGAUUUUUGCAGGCUACAAAGAGGUGGAACAUGUACAGGUUGGAAUGUACAUCAGCACCAGACAUCGAGGAAUAUCUUGUCGUGUGACUUGACUUCUGGGACAGAUGGUCACUUCAUCUCUGCGACUGCUGUUUAUAGAACCGUUUACCAAUAUGGUGUUUGAAUAGAACUGUUUGUGAUUGUGGCAUUCAACACUCUUGCAGCUUAAUACAAAAAUUCAUGCAUGCACACAUUAAAAUGAUGCUUGUAACUAAGGCGACCAGAAUGUCCUGCUAAGCUCUAUUCAGUCCUAACAGUCUUCAAAACUCCUUUUCCUGUUGCCAACAAGCUGUGCUCUUUGUGUCUCUAGAAGCAGACUGUUGUUUCUUGCAGCUGUUGGCCUCCCCUGACUCCUCCAGGCUGCGUCAACAAAUU